UUCUUUAUUUCUUCCAGAAUAUCACCACUCUGCUUUUAUCCAAAUUCAUGAUACAUUUCCCUUUAUUUUUAAAACCAACAUCAAUUUCCUAUCUUUUUUAAAAUCACUUUCAAAGUAGUCUAUAUAAUAAUAUCCCUGGCCUUGCAAUCUUUUGUUUCCUCCUGCUUCAAGUUUUAACCAUUUUUUUGACCAACUUUCUCCAUCUUCCCCUCAUUGAAAGCUACGUUCUUCAAUCAUCUUUUCUUUGAAAUUUCACCCAAACAGUCUUAUAAUCACUUCAAUUAAAUUUAUACUAUCUAUUUCCUUUGACCUCUGCUCUUUUGUUUUGUUUUGGGUAUUGAUGUUUACAGUUUUUGACUGAUUCCCAUUCUUGGGUAUUUCUCAAAAUUCAACCCCCAAUUAUAUAAAUCCCCAUUUCAAUUCCUCUGUUUAUUCAUCUUCUUCUCUGGGCAAAUCCAGGUAACUUAAAUUGGGUAUAGCCAUUUGGGGUUGUUUUUAAAUUUCAAUCAUCGAAAAUGAUCGGCGAAUUUAUCAGUAGGGGACUGUUUAUGAUAUUGGGAUUUGCAUACCCAGCAUUUGAGUGUUUCAAGACUGUCGAAAGGAAUAGAGUUAGCAUCGAAGAACUACGAUUUUGGUGUCAAUAUUGGAUCAUUGUUGCUGUACUUUCGGUUGGAGAGAGGUUUGGAGAUGUAUUCAUUUCAUGGGUUCCACUUUAUGAAGAGUUGAAGUUAGGUUUCAUUAUUUACCUCUGGUAUCCACAAACAAAGGGAACUAGUUAUGUUUAUGAAAGCAUGUUGAAGCCAUUUGUGUCGAAACAUGAGACAGACAUCGAGAAGAAUCUGAAGGAAUUGAGGUUGAGAAUAUGGGAUUUAGCCAUUUAUUACUACCAAAAUUGCACUGAAUUGGGUUCUUCCGCAUUCUUCAAUGUCAUUCAAUAUGUUGCAAAUCAAUCUUCCAAGCUUAAGGGUGGGAGUACCACCGAGGGAAAUGAUUGGAAUCAAAAACCAAAAGACAACCAACCACCGUCAUCUAGCGGAUCUGGCUUCUCAUGGUCUCUACGGCAACGGAGGCCAAAGGAAAAAUCUCCGACCAGCUCACCACGACACGACAAUCAAAAGUGGCCACAACCACCAGCCGAAGAGCAGCCAGCACCAGCACCACCUCCCGCCACAUUUCCCACAUUGUUCAAAGCAGAGGCCCAUAAUAAAAAGUCCAAACUGGUCCAAAUGAAAGUCGACAAGGCCCAAACUGAAUACGUCAAUUUCGAACAAGAUGAGGCCCAUCUCAGAAGCCCAAUACGACAAAAGAGCAAGAUGAAAUCAACCCGUUUAAAAUUCAGGCGAUCCAAAUCCAUUCAAUAAUUACUCCAACAAACAACAAAAAAAAAACACCAUUUUUGUACUGUACAAAAUGUGACAAAAUUCCAAAAGCACACAACUUUUUUUAAUUUUAUUUUAUUUCAAUCUCACAAAUUAUGUAAUGUAAAAUUUAAUAUUCACCACAAAUUUGCCUUUUUUUCCUCUAUUAGAAAAAAAAAGAAAAAACAAUCCAUCGUUAUCUGCAGAGAAUGAGCCAAAGAG